AUGUCUGCAGAACCAUCACAAUUUAAUAAGCUAUUAACCAAGUAUGACUUCAAAUUGGCUUCGGCCAGUGAAGAGUACAGAAAUCGUCGUAAAAGACAAAUGAUGCUCUUUAUGGGAUCAGCAGCUAUAACCAUUUUUACAUCCAGAUUAGCAUAUAAAUCUACUAUUACAAGACAAUAUGUCCCAAGCUUGUUUCAGGGGAAUCAUGCACCACCAUUAAGUUAUAAUUUUACAUCAGAUGCUGCCGUAGCAGUUGGAACUGGUACCUUACUAUGCGGCAGUGUUUCAUCCAUGGUUAUAUUUGGAACUUGUUGGAUCAUAGAUGUGUCGAACUUUCAAGAGUUCGGUUGGAAAAUGAAGUCUUUGAUGGGUGGAUACGAGAAACAGAAAGAAUUGGCAAAAUUACCAAUGGACGAGGAAAGUGCUUUUCUCCAAGAUAGUUUGAAUGACAUCCUAGAUGGUAAAUACGAUUUUGAUGAAACUACACCAGCAGAGAAAUAG